AGCAAGGACAGGGAGCAGGCUCUGGCCAAGGCCUGUGCUGCUCUUGCUCCUUCUCCCUGUGCCCAGGGUUUGCUCUCUUCUUCCCAGGAGCCGCCAUGCCCAGGUGCGGAAGUGCUCGGCCAAACUCCUCCUGUCCUUGGUGGAGAGAAUUGGAGUCACGAAGCUGGCAGGCACAGCCAGGGCUGAGAGGCUGGCACACGUGGCAGGGAAGCUUGCUCAGGACUGUCACCAGGACACAAGGCAUUAUGGACAGGAGAUGGUGAAGCUGUUGCUCAAUCAUCAAAAAUUUCAAAGGCUUUUGGAACAAUUUCUUUCCACCUAUGAUCUGGAAGAUAUUCUGACAAGAAUUAAGAAGAAAGGGAUGGAAAACCAGAGGGGUGAAUGCCCAUGUGUCAAGGAGCCGGUGAAGAAGAGGAACAAUGGCUCGAAGAAGCCCCAGGCCACAUUGUCUUCUGCUAAACGGGUGAAAUCUACCUCUGAUGGACGCCUCCUACACGGUGCAAAAGCCCAGGUGACGUUGCCUCCAGCUGUGGAAGAAACGGAGCUGCUCCAGAGGCUUUACAAUCUCCUGAAAGCCAAGGGCUUUCAGACACGGAUGGAAGGAGUGGCACUCCUCCAAGACCUGUGCAAAAGCAGCCCCCAGCUCAUCUCCACUAACAUUGUCCAGAUUUUUGAUUAUUUUGUCCUGAGAAUAUCUGACAGCCACAAAAAAGUGAAGCAGAAGGCGCUGGACGUGCUGGCUGAAAUCACAGGGAUCCUGAAAGAUGCCUUGAACCCGGUGAUCAUUGGUUUGGUGGAAGGAAUAACAAAGAGCCUGAACUCAAAGGAUCCCAGGGUUCGUGCCGCAGUUGUGAAAGCACUGGACGAAUCCAUUGCUCAUUUAGAUAAAGUAUCCCUGCUGAAAGAGUUCAGCUACCAAUGGAGCCAACUGAGUGGCCAAGCUCUGCUGGAUGUCGCGGAGCGUAUCACAGUGCUUGUGGAGUGGGUUUAUGCCAGGAGCCCUGAAGUCGUCGAGCAAGACGCCCUGCCCGUUCUCUGGUCCUUCCUGGAGAACAAGGCGCUGCCUGUCCGAAGCGCCAACGUCCGCACGGUGGCCACCGAGCUUGCCCUGGCCCUCUACGAGGUGAUGGGCACCAAACUGAAGAAGUGUGCUGCCAGCAAGCCUCCACACGUGCAGGAAAACCUGUCCAAAAUUUUGGGCUGGUGAAGAUCUGACUGGUCACAGUCAUACUGAGGAGUUUUCUCUGGACACUUCCAAUGUUCUCUUACCCACAAAGUCCUUGUCUCCUGUCCAGAAGAAAUCUCUUUCCUCCAAGCUCAGGAAGAAGCUGUUGCCUGCCUGAAGAGUGUUUAAAGAAUAGGAUUUAUGCUUUAGUCUUCAUAGCUACAGAUGUACAUAUGUUCUGAUCUUUAGAUGUAGUUUUGAAUAAAUGUGUUUUGAUUGUA